GUCAUGAUAGUUACAGUUUAUUAUAGUUAUCUGUUAUUUACUCUUUGGUUUGGUGUUACGAAUGUUCUUGUCUGAUUCUGACGGAAUUCGCUCGGGAAUAAUUUGGAAUUUUGGAAAUAACUUGCAUUAAUUUGUCUCUGUACUUGCGUCUUACGUACGUUUGUUGAAAAGUAAAACCAUUUCGAUUGAGAGUUUACGAGUACUCGGCGAGACGUAUACUUUAGUGUCGGUCUCAAAUACUCCACAGUUUGAGUGGUUUGUCCUGAUUAAGUUCGCAGUAAUAACAUAAUAGUCCAGUCAGUUAUUGGCGACAAAAAAGCAAGAGUUGUUGUUUUAACAAAUAUAUUCCAAACACUAAUUUCAAUGGAAUAUCUUUUGUGAACGAAUACUACCUACUUUCAGUAUAUAAGAGAAGAAUUUCAAAAGUAACCAUGGAAGACGACAGUGACGAUAAGGAUGAUACAAAACGGAGAACACGCAACUUGAGCGAGAAAAAGCGUCGGGACACCUUCAAUAUGCUAGUAAAUGAGUUAUCCUCAAUGGUCACAACCAGCAAUAGGAAAAUGGACAAAUCUACAGUUCUUAAGUCUACAAUAUCUUUUCUAAAGAAUCAUAAUGAAGUGACUGUCAGAUCUAGAGUUCAUGAUGUCCAAGAAGAUUGGAAACCUGCUUUUCUAUCCAAUGAAGAAUUCACAUAUUUGGUGCUUGAAGCCUUGGAGGGUUUCGUUAUGGUGUUUUCAGCAACUGGGCAAAUUUACUAUGUCUCUGAAAGCAUAGCUUCAUUAUUGGGACACAACCCGGCUCAUUUGAUAAAUGAGAGCAUUUUUGAUUUGGCAUUUGAGGAUGAUCGGCCAAAUUUGUACAGUCUCCUUCAGAAUCCCAGGACUGCUGUUGAUCCUUCUCAACCUUUUUUACGAGAAAACGAGAUCAAGUUCCAGUGUCAUCUACGGCGCAGUACAUUGGAUUUCAGAGAUGAAGCAACCUAUGAACUUAUAGAAUUCAAUGGACAUUUUCGUACAAACAUGGAGCGUAACGAAAGUAACGAACUAUCUAGAUAUCAAGAACAUGAGUCAAGGUUGCUGUUUGUGUGUACCGGUCGGCUCUACACACCACAAUUAAUUCGUGACGUGUCUCUAGUUGAUACGAAUCGGAAUGAGUUCACUUCACGACACAGUUUAGAGUGGAAGUUUCUUUUUCUGGACCAUCGUGCUCCGCCUAUAAUCGGAUAUUUACCGUUUGAAGUGCUUGGCACCUCUGGCUACGACUACUACCAUUUUGACGAUCUUGAAAAAGUCGUUACAUGUCAUGAAGCAUUGAUGCAAAAAGGAGAGUUGACAUCGUGCUACUAUCGAUUCCUCACCAAGGGUCAGCAGUGGAUCUGGCUUCAGACUCGUUUCUACAUAACAUACCACCAGUGGAACUCGAAACCUGAAUUCGUCGUUUGCACGCAUCGGGUAGUAAGUUACGCCGAUGUUGUGAAGAGUACGAAACAAGAACAAAGUGAGACGGAAACAGCGAUAGAAAUGGAAGCUAAUCAAAGUGGGAAAGAGACGGCAACUGAGGCUGGUAUGGUGCCGUUACCAUCUCCUACGUAUUUGUCGGAAACCGGGGAUACGUAUGGUGGAUCUUAUCAAACUAUGUCACAACCGGAUUCUGUGAAGUCAGCAUCCGGUAGUACUAGUGGUACUGUGACGACUGUAUGCACGGCGGGGACCACUUCCUCCUGGCCUCGCGGUAACCAGAGGUACAUCGGGUCUGAUAAUGGAUCUCUAUCAGGAGAAUCCCGAUCCUCGCAAAGAAAUACUGUUAGAGAGACGCACAAGCGCUUGGAGCCGACGCUGGUGCCUCAGUACGGUAUAGGCGCCCAGUACUUGGAGCCUGCGCCCUACGUAGGCGCGGUCGGAGUCCCCGGAGUCCUGCCUGUCUCGUUGCCACCGCUACCAGUUAUAGUGUCGCCGGACCAAACUCAAAUUCAGACAUCAAGUGCUCCACAAAUGUGGAAUUACUGGAAUUAUGACUAAAAUAACAAAACCACUCACACCCAAUUUAUCUGAUCAAUUUGGUAUGAUCAGCAUUCAUUAGCUUCACUAGUAACUAGCUUUUUCAACAACUAUACAAGUUCACAUGCAUGUUCUAAGUAACCGUAGAUUUUCACUGCCGAGAUUACACGUUUAAAAAAUGAUGUAAAAAGUUGUACCAGCAUUUUGACAAUCUACGGUUACUCUUACUAAGAAAAAUACUUUCCUACCUUAUUCUCCCAUAUAUGCAUUCAAUAUUAACUUUGUGCCUCCUAUUUUAUUAAUUUUAUGUACUUUUAAAUCUUAAUAAUUCUAUGUCGUCUAUUUCUUUUUUCACAUAUUCAACAUUGGCUUUUAAUUCUAAAUGUGUAACCCUAUUUUACUUUUUACUGCUAUUAAUAAUUUUAUUUACAGGCUUAGCUUCUUAUAAGCUUAUUUACAGUGUACUUUUAUCCAGGAAUAACAAUUUAUAUUUAAAAUAAUCCAUAUUUAAAGUUCUCUAUUAAAUUGUAUAGAUGGGGACAUAGAAGUUGUCACUAUUGCCAUUAUUUGCUUCGAUUUUCAAUACUCAAUUCAUAUGAGAAUUACACAACUACAAUAAACACACAUAUUAAUACGUUAUUCACACAGACAUACAGUAUUUCUAGAAUAUAGGGAAACUUAUUUAAAAUAAAUAUAAUAUGUUACAUUGUAUAGAUGUGUAUAGAUCAUAAUGGUGGAGCACUGAACGCCUUCCGUUCGUAGACAGGCAUUAAGGGUGAGUUGCAUCAUAUCGCCGGUUAUCGUUAUUGUUAAAAUUAAUUCUAACGGUAACAUUUACAGUAACCUUAACAUUAACUUACUAACGUUGCACCGUGACAUCUAUUGUAAAAGUUAUAGUAAAUAGGGUUACAAGUGAUAAAACACAUUAUCUCCCAAAUAUUUACAUAAGUAAUAUUUUUUACAUUGACAUCAUUUAAAUUUAAAUGUCAGGAAAAUGUCUUAAAGUCCGUUGUCAUUACAUAAUUUGGAAAUUAAUUCGUCGGUUGGUUACAAUCGACGGUUAUUAUAAAAUAAGAUGGCAAGCACGAGCAAAACUUUUAGUUUUUUAGUUUUUAGUAGAACUCCACGUAUAAAAACUAAGGCAUAACGAAGAAAAACAUCACUUAGAACUGAUUAAAUUAAAUUUAGAA